GUACAUUGUUUCACCAGUUCUACACAAACACAGAGAUGAAAUAGGUAUUGGACUUUAUGCACAACUGAUUGUACAUCUUCGUCAUCUUCUUCCCACUUCAUAUUGUUCAACCAAUUCACGACUCACACUCGCACACAGUCGAAUCCACCGAAAUCCGAAAUCAAUGCUCUCUCUGAAACUCCCACCACCGCCGCCGCCCCCAAUCUCCUCCUUCAAUUCCAAACCCCUCCCUCUCCAAAUCCCCAAUUUCCCCUCAAUCUCAAUUUCCCCCAAAAAAUCCCGCCCAAUUAGAACCCUAAUUCACGCGCAGAACAACGGCGACAACAAUGGCAAGGAGCUGCCGAAGGAGAAAUCCGGCGAUGAAAACGCGAAGAACGGGCGGCCGCGGCUGAACCUGAGGUGGAAGGACCUCCUGCUGGAUCCGGAUCCGGACAACAUCGUGGCGGUGGGAUUGACGGGGCUGCUGACGUGGGCGAGCGUGCAGGUGCUGUGGCAGCUGGUCGUGAUAUCGGCGGCGAUCGUGCUCGCCGCCCUCAAAUACACCAUCGUCGCUGCUCUGCUCGUCUUCAUCCUCAUCACUCUUCUCUGAUUUUUUUUUAUUUGGUUUUGCAUAGAUUGUUUCCGAUUGUGACGUAUUUUAACAAAAUGAAUCAACUCUGGGAUGAGAUUUAUCA